AUGGAUUGGACAGAGCCAAUUCCAGCAUUGUUCCUCUUUAUCCUUAUGGUUUACUUUGUUUUGAAACUGGGCGCUUUUUGGAACAAGAGCUCCCAAAAUCUUCCACCAGGUCCAAGGCCUUUACCUCUCAUUGGGAAUCUCCACAUCAUGGAUCUCAAGAGGCCUUACAGAACCAUGUUAAAGGUAAAGCUUCCAGUUCUUCUCAUGGCAAGGGUAAAGGGUACUGGGGCAGCCCAGUCAGAUGAGCGGGGUAAAAAAUUAUUAUUAUUAUUAUUAUUAUUAUUAUUAUUAUUACUGCUACUACUACUACAUAUUACAUUACAUUUUGUUCUUUUAGAGCCUAUAAAUCUCAUCUCCCCUUUUUGUGCUACAGAACCUCCUCUUAUCUUUCCCAAUAAAUAGUCAUAGGACCUAGUUGCAAUUUAUAACUGGUAAUUUGAACAAGAUGUCUGGGGGUGUCUGGUGUCGAAUCACGAUUGCCUCCAUUUUCAAGGAUGCAAAAGUGCCAAUGCAAACCUUGCCCAGCCCAGCCUCCUCCUUGAGCCUAUCUUCUAAACUAAAUUUGAGAGGUGCCAUUAAAUGUAUAAUCACUUUUAUCCUUACAACUGCCUAUUUUGUUCUGGUUUCCUGAGCAUGCCUAACCAAUAUUUGUGCUGCUGCUCCACAACUGAACUGGAUGAAAGGGCUGAGCUGCUGUAUCAUGAGUCCAGCAACUGUUGCUGCUACAGCUAUUAUUAGCAAAUGUCUUGAAGAGCACUGAGGCAUAGACAAUGCUCUUUUACUUUAUCAUUAUGUUAUUUGGAUUCUGUUUUGCAUGGUGAUUUGCAAAGAUACAAAAAGGGAAUUCAUUCCACAAAAUUACUAUUCUUAAGUCAUAUGUUUUCAGCUCGGUCCAAGGCACAAUAAUAUGGAAGUAAUUUCUACUGAGUUCAAUAGUAGUUAUUGAAAAAAGCUGAAAAAAUUAGGAAAACUUUGCUACUAGAUUCUGUGGAAUGUAUAAAAGAGUCUUUUCUCUUAGGUAAAUGUGCAAGCUAAUGCAGUCAGUUCUGUCAGAGAUUAUUUACAUUAAUAUAUUCUUUGGGUAUACUCUGUUUCCCAUUUUUUCUUCCAUUGAAUUCCAGUUGUCAAAGCAAUAUGGCCCCAUCUUCAGCAUCCAAAUGGGACCCCGCAAAACUGUGGUGUUGGCAGGAUAUGAGACAGUAAAGGAGGCUCUGGUUAAUCAGGCGGACGCAUUUGCAGACAGGCCCAUCGUUCCAUUAUUUCAAGGGCUUGCACAAGACUUCGGUGAGGCACUUCCCUUUUUAUUGAAACUGGUAAUGUGAAUUGUGAAUAACUGUCAGGCUUCAGGGAAUUGGCUUCCUCCACCCAUGGCAGUAGAUAAGCAGAACAAAGGAAACAGAGUCUUCUUACCAGUUAGAAUUCUUCAAUAAUCACAGCAAGGGACAACAAAUGCCUCCCGCUAGAAUGGUGGUGCUCCCAAUUAAGGCUACCCCCCCUGCCAUCCCUAUCCAUCCACGUCACUCCUACAUCUCAUAACCUGAGCAUGUAGUUGCUGUGCUUUCUGUUCGGAGACUUUCUGAGCCCUCCUAGAUCGAGGGGGGGGGAGGAUGUUAUCCAAUGACUGUGAAUGUGUAAACCCUCUCUUUUCCAGUGUUUCUUCUCCUAACUCCAUCCAGUAUUUCCCAGCUUUUGCCUUCUCAGCUAUGCCCCUCUGCAAACCACCGAUCUAAAUCUAUACUGUCUUCCUGCUCCUGGGGAGAUUCAGGGUGAGGGGGAAGAGGCAGCUCCAGCCAUGCCUCCUCAUGGUAGUUCUCCUCAGCAUGGUACCUGCCAAUAAUCAUCCCAUGGAAAAGUAAUGCCACACACCGGGUGGAAACUGACUAACCAUUUUCUGGUCCAGUCUAUACAGAGAGAAAACACGAAGGAGGCAUAAUGUCCACCCAUGGAUUACAAAGUAACAAGCUGAGUGCUGCUGGGACCCCUGACAUGUACAAACAACCCUCUAUUCUAUCCUAUCUAUCGAUGUGUUCUCAGGUCAUGCUUUGAUGGCACAUCUACCAGCUACUUUGUCAAAGCUCAGAAGUCUGAGUCUGAAUGGGAGAAUAGCUGGGACCCAUUCUCAGUUCCGUAGAAGAAAUGCAGAACAUAAUUUAUUGAUAUUUUUGUACAAUGACCAUGCAGACAUGAACCUUUCUUCCCAUCUCUUCAGGUAUAGUUCUGUCUAAUGGUGAGAACUGGAAAGUGAUGCGGCGGUUUGCUGUAAGCACAUUACGGGACUACGGAAUGGGAAAGAGGUCCAUCGAAGAUAGAAUUGUUGAGGAAUGCAGUGUUCUGAUAAAGAAAUUUGAAUCUUACGAAGGUGGGUUGGUGUUUUCCUCUGGUGCAUAGCUACACUACCAUAGUAUCGUGUUACAUAUUCCUAACUUCCAGAAGUGUGUGCCUCCAGGGGUGAAGUCAAACCACUGCAUAAGCAUAGCACUUUAAAGGUGCUUAGAGUGUUGUGUUCCACAGGGCUCAUCCACAUAUCCUCUUCUCCCGUUGCUUUUCCUUCAGAAAAAACACAUGUUGAGCAAUUUGGGCUUUCUCCAGUUGCCAUUGGUUCUGAUCUACUGCUAAAGAGUGGGUUCCCCCUUGGAAAGGAAUGGGGAAAGGGGAGAAAUGCUUCAACCAUACCUAGAAAGCGUGUGUGAAGUGGAAGUGUGGAUGAGCCCAUACUUAUCACUAACUCCACAAAUACAGUUCCCAGGGUUUCCUGUGGAGACGUAAUCGGUCUGUUUCUUCUGUAGUGUGUAGAUUAUACUCCAAUAGCUGCUGUGACUUCCAAGCCCCUUUAAGCAUUUCUUAGCCCAGCUCUGGCCACAUCCAGCAGCACUUAGGAUCAGUUUCUUUGAUAAAGGAGGUCUACACAUAGGGAAGCUGCCAGUAGCGAUUUAAGGCAACAAAGAGCAGACUUAAAAACAAUGCCCUUUCCAUACUUGGAAUUUCAACAGAAUAUUUUUGUUUAAUUGUCAUAUUCAUGUAUAGGAAACCCGACUGAGACCACCACAAUUAUGAAUGCAGCUGUUGCCAAUAUUAUAGUGUCCAUACUACUAGGCAAGCGAUUUGAUUAUGAAGAUCCCACAUACAUAAGACUUCUGAAGUUGACUAAUGAAAAUGCCCAACUUUUUGGAAGCUCUUCAGUCAUGGUAAUCUAUUUUUUUUCCAAUUAAAACAAACAAACAGUUGAUUGUAAUAACAGUGUAUGCAAAGUGGGCAGGGAAACAUGUUUAUUGUAUAUUGUUCAGGUUUCACCACAAAACACAGAAUAUUGGUCUCUUGAGAAACUUGGUGAUGAUUCAAAAUAUUUAGAAAACUCACAUGGCACAGUCAUCCCAUAACUAUAAUAAAGUCUCUUUUGCGCACACCCUUUCUUGUCUCACUGCCAUCGGGACUCCAAGGACAAGGAAGAACAAGUGAUAGUUGGUUCCAUGAUGGCUCAGAAGGGGCCUCCAAGGGCAGAUCUCCCUCUCUGAAGGCGAACCUCCAGAGGAAAACUGCCAUAGCGUAUUAUUUUGGGGUUGCACGUAAAUUAUGCUAUGCUGAGUUACCCCAUCCCCCAUUCCAAAUGCCAUUCAAGAGCUUUGUGUUGUAUUUGGGCAAUCGUGCUUUGAGAGACCCAGCUGAGAGAACUGUACUGGGCUUUCCUAAUGUCUCUUUUCCUUUUUUCACAUGUUUAUCCUUUCAGCUGUAUAACAUGUUUCCUGCUCUUGGUUUUCUUUUGGGGGCUCCUAAGACUUUCAAUCAAAACAGAGAUGAGCUGUUUGCCUUCAUAAAUGCCACCUUCAUAAAACACCUCAGAGAUCUGGAUGAAAAUGACCAGAGGAGCUUUAUUGACUCAUUUCUUAUCCAGCAACAAGAGGUAAUGGAGUCUUUUAAGUUGGCCCAGAAUAAGCGUUGCCAUUUUCAAUUCAUGUUUGCAAGUGAAUGCAUAAGGAGUAGUCAGGAAGUCUUAUUGCAGAAGGGACCAACAUGGCAUACUUCCUACCAUUUCCCAAUAGUCAGCCAUUGUUAAUGUGUUACAGAAGUUACCUCUGCAGGGGCAAAGGUUGUGUGCUCACCAACAUUUCUGAAAAAAAUUCCCUGAUCAAAUAAACAGGCCAAUGGGCGUAUAUGAGUUUCCAGGGGUGGAAUUAUGUCAGACUGACCAUCAGCUGCUGGAGCUUCUGCCAAGAGAGAUAAUUAUGCAGUGAUAAGAGGUAAUGGUUGCCAGACUCCCUUUUGAUACAAGGGGGAUGGGAAAAUGCCUUGUGUGCUGAGAAGAAGGCGUUUUUCACACUGGAGGAGAUAGGAAACUUUGAGGGUGGGGAGGCAUCUUGGAGCAAGGAAAAAACAUUUGCCCAUGCACUGACCAAUCACCCUUAAAUUAUGGCUUCAGUUCUUUUAACCAUUACUAAGAUUGGAAAUGAAUAUGAAUUGGAGUUUCUGUUUACCAAUUAAUUAGCACCCAGAAAAGGAAACAGGUGGUUGGGUGACGACAGAGUUCUAAAUAACAGGUUGGAAAUUAUUUUUAAAGGGUUGGAAAAGUUAUAAGAUAUAUAGGUCUGAAUUUGCUUUUAAUUUUCAAUCUACACUGCCUGUAGGGUUAAGGUAUAAGUGAUAAAGAGCUUAGAAUUAUAAUCCUCCCCCCUUCUUUUUGUUUUCUCUUUUAAAAAAUUCUCCUCUUUUUUGGUUUCUAGCUUGUCCUGCUGCAAAUACAUGGCAGUCUGAGGCUGAGCCUCUUUUAGAUAGGCAGGAUGGCCAUUUGGGAGAGUAGGUGUUUGUACAAUGGGGGAAAAUGGUAGAAAGUAGAAUUAUUGUGUGCUAAGAUCCAAUUUUGGGGCAAAUACUGUUUCAUGAGAGAACUCUAGCAGAGAUUUAAAAAUUACAAAAUAUGCAGCAAAGUAAUAGUGGAAAUAUAAGUUGUUGAAAAGCAUCUUUUAACAUAUGUAUCAAAUAAAGGUUCUAAACAGCUAAGAAGUUUUAAUGUUAUUUCACUCUUCUUUUGAUCCUCUGCCUCACUUGUGAAUCUGCUGGUUGUAAUGUGAAACUGCAUGGCUGCGCCGUUGUGAGAGAAAAAUGCUAGGAAUGUAUCCCUGAUAAGCAAGGACUGUGUGGAUCUUAGAAAAAGUGCUCAGCAUGGUGAAUAUCCUGAAAAACACACCACUGUUGGUUGGUGCCGUACGGCAACUAUUGAAUGAACAAUUGGAAGAACUCCUUCCUCUCUUCACUCCCCUCUGACUCCCAGCAGGACAGGCAGCUAUUACAACCAGCAACUCUAUUUAUGUUACAGGUGUUGAAAAGUGUGGCUGAAGGUAGUUGCUAUCUCCAAAAUAUGGAGGGCACCACAUUGUCUAUCUCAGUUUAAUGAAACAGUUCCAGAUAAAUAUGUGGUAUUUCUGAGUCAUUUUUCCAGUUUAAACUAUGAGUAAAUACAUUAAAGAUCUUAUGAGAUGUUCAGCUGAGAACGAUAUAUGUCAGCAAAAAGCAACACUUUAUGGUAACCCUGAUCCACAAGUGUUCACCAGAAAUUCUGCCUUCCAUGUAUGUAAUCAUAUAAUACUGUUGCAGGUUUAUGGGGUCAGUCUGCAUGAUGCCUGAGUACGUUCCAAAUUGUGGGGAUCUUGUACCGAGGAAGGGUUAAUUCUAAUGGAAUUGAAUCUAUUGUUGAAUCAGUCAGACAAGUUUAUUUGUGAGAUCAGGGCCAUAUACGUGUCACGUAAAUACUACCACUAGUUCCUUUGUCUAAACCAGGCAUAGGAAAGUCCGGCCCUCCAGAUGUUUGGGACUACAAUUUCCAUCAUCCCUAGCUAACAGGACCAGUGGUUAGGGAUGAUGGGAAUUGUAAUCCCAAACAUCUGGAGGGCUGGACUUUGCCUAUGCCUGGUCUAAACCAGGGGUUAUCAACCUGGUCCCUACCACCCACUAGUGGGCGUUUCAGCAUUCUAGGUGGACGGUAGGGGUUCUACAUCACAAGCUGAAUCCUCCUUUCAUUGAACACUGGUGGGCGGUAAGAAAAUUUUACCAUCAGGAAAGAUGCAUUAGUGGGCAGUAGUUAUAAAAAGGUUGACUACCACUGGUCUAAACAAAGGCAUUUGGCUGAGGAGUUAAGCACCACUAUGAGUAUCAAAGAAGAAGGAGCUGGAUUGCCAAGCUUCCCCAACCUCCUCUCUUAGCUGGUAGAUGGAGGGCAACAGCUGUGACUAUGGAGAAGCAAGACAUUUUGGGAUCUUGAUGCUGAGCCCCUCCAUCUUAGGCUCGGGUUGUAUAUAUGUGUAAAUAAACCCUAUACCAUCAUCAUCGCAUAGUCUGGAAACCUGGAAUCUCUCACUGCUCAGCAAGAAGCAAUACUUUGAUCAUCAGGUCCUGUCAGGUAUUCAUUUUUAUCUCUGCAUAUGAAAUUUUCUCACUCCAUUCGUUUUAACCCAUUCAUACUCUUUGCAACCCAGGAGGAGAAGAAGAACAAGACGAAUGGAUACUUCCACAACGAAAACUUAAAAACUGUUGUGGCCAACUUAAUAGCUGCUGGCAUGGAGACCACUUCUACCACACUGCGCUGGGGACUGUUUCUAAUGAUGAAAUAUCCUGAAAUUCAGAGUGAGUGCUCUUAAUUGGGUUGGCUCCCAUUAUUCUGAGAUAUCUUAAUUCCAGUUAUAUGUAACUAUUAGAGAUAGAAAAUGUUUAUAAUUUGCAUAUGUGUGUGUGUGUGUGUGUGUGUGUGUGUAUGUAUAACAACAAUUGUUCAGUCAUAAGUUUAACAUUUCAACCUGGACUCCCUUCUCCUUUCUGUGGCACUUUACAUUUCAUUUCAUAUUCCUGCAUACUCCAAAUUAUCUCAACAUAUUAUUUUAGAUAUAUAUUCCUGUAUAGAUCCCAUAUAUAUAUUGAGACUGCAGGUUUUUACAUUAAUCCUGCCAAUGUCUUGGUAUGUUUACAGUUUGUUUGUAAAUAUUCAAUAAACCAUUUCCAUUCCUUUCUUUUUAAAAAAAUAAUAAUGUUAUCUUCUGGUUUUUUAAACAUCUUAAACAUCUUUUUUAUUUUAUUAUAUAUCAUUUCCCAGUAAGCUUUAACCUUAUUACAAGACCACCACAUAUGAAUAACGGUACCUUCUUUCUCUUUACGUUUCCAGCACAUAUUCAAGUUGGAUUUAUACAUUUUAGCCAAUCUACUAGGUGUUAAGUACCAUCUAUAUAACGCUUUCAUAUAAUUUUCUCUUAAACUAUAACAUUAUGUAAAUUUUAUAUCCAUGUUCGAUAAACUUUCCCAUCCAGCCAUUUCUGUAUUAUUACCAAUAACUAUUGUUCAGAGCAGGGACGCGGGUGGCGCUGUGGGUAAAACCUCAGUGCCUAGGACUUGCCGAUCGCAUGGUCGGCGGUUUGAAUCCCCGCAGUGGGGUGAGCUCCCUCCAUUUGGUCCCAGCUCCUGCCCACCUAGCAGUUCGAAAGCACAAUUAAGUGCAAGUAGAUAAAUAGGUACCACUUCUAGCGGGAAGGUAAACGGUGUUCCAUGUGCUGCUCUGGUGCCGGUUUGGCGGAGCAGCUUCAUCACGCUGGCCACGUGACCCGGAAGUGUCUGCGGACAGCACUGGCUCCCGGCCUCUAGAGUGAGAUGAGCGCACAACCCUAGAGUCUGUCAAGACUGGCUCGUACGGGCAGGGGUACCUUUACCUUUACCUUUAUUAUUCAGAGUAUCAUUGAAGAUUUCACUUGUUCUUCCUUUGUCUCCCAUUCCAAUAAUAUUUUAUACAUUUUAGAUAUCACUUUAACAUUACAGUUUAACAGGUCUCUUUCAAGUGUGAUGUUUCAUCCCCAACCCCCUGCUAUAUAUCCUUUUAAAAUACUUCAUUCAAAUGAUGAUAUUGUAAUCAUGUUGUUAACAUCUCUGAUAAAUCAUUAUUUUAAUUUCAAUUCUCCACCUUCUCCACUUAAAUUUCUAUGUUGCCCAAUUUUCCAUCAUGUUUUUCUUUUUCACCGCUAUGGCUUCCAAAGCUGCAAGCCAUAGUGGUGUUUUGGUCUCCAACAGGUUUUUAUACUGAUCCCAUACUCUAUAACCCCCCCCCCCCCAAUUAUAUGGUUUGCAUUUUUAAAAUUAAUUUUAAUUGAAUUUCUGUUUUAUAAUAUUUAAUAUUAUGAUUGUAUGGUUUGUAAAACCUUUAUGUACUUUCACCUUUUCAUACCACAAAUAAAUGUGCCAACCAAAAAUGAUAUCAUGACCUUCCAAAUCUAAAAUAUGUGGAUUCUUCAAUAACAACCAUUCCUUCCUCUUUUAAUACAGUUUUCAACCCAUUAGCUAAUUUGUCUGCAAACAGUUUAGAAUCUUUAUUCAACAAUGAAAUAGGCUGAUAGUUCUUAACCAGCUUUAGAUCUCUAUUUUGCUUAUGCAUCAAAGUUAUGCAUGCACUCUUCCAGGAUUUGGGUAACUUUCCUGUAUUCAAAGAUGUAUUCAUAAUAUCUUUUAAACGUUGUAUUAAGUAAUCCUUUAAUUUUUUAUAUUAUAUUGAUGAAAGUCAAUAAGGUCAGGGUACGUUCCCUAAGUUACCGUUUAAAAUUGCUUGCUGUAAUUCCAUCAUUGUGACAGGUCCAUUAACAAAUGACAUUUUACCUUUUGGUAUCUUAGGUAGUCUGCUGUCUUCUAAAUAUCUACCCACUUCUUCUAAAUUACCUCAUAUUAGCUCAAUAUAGUUCUGUAUAAAAACCUCACAAAUUGAUUUCUUAUUUAUUUCAGUUUUUGCACAACUCUACCUCCUACAUUUAUUCUAUUAAUGCAGGUUUUUUCUUUUUUCUUCUUUAUUUGCCAAGUUAAUAGUUUCCAUGGCUUGUUAGCCUGUUUAAAUUGUUUCUGUUUAAAUAUUUAAUUUUCCACUCUAUUUCUUGGUUUAUUAUAAUUGAAUAUUGCAUUUGCAACAUAUUGAUAUCCUGUUUCACUAUCUCUUUUCAAGGGGAAUUUAUUAACUCUUUCCCUUUCCCUUUUAUUUCUUGUAAAAUUUCUUGUUUUUUUCUGCUCUCUAAUAUUUCUUUGCUAUGCGCGUUGCUAUGUAACCCCCCCACCACAUUACUACUUUACUGGCAUCCCAUACCACCUUUGAAUCUGUCUCUUGGUUCAAAUUAAUUUCAAAAUAAUCCUUUAAUUUUUUUGCCCCCUUUUUCUAAUAUUACUUGAUCAUUUAAUAAAUUUUCAUUUAGUCUCCAUCUCAUCGGGAAACUUGUCCCUGUUCUUAAUUCCACUAUUAUAGAGUUGUAGUCUCAUAAUGUUCUUGAUAGAAUUUCUGCCCUCUUUACCUUAGUAUACAAAUCUUUAGAAGCCUCCUGUCCCAAUCUAGGGAGGCUACACCAUUCAUAUCACCCAUCAAAAUAAUCUUUUCAUUCAAAUUUUCAAAUAAUAUUUCUUCUAGCCUCUUUUAAAAAUCUGGUUUUUUCCCUCAUUAGGUGCAUACACACCAAUUAAUAAUACUUUUUCUCCAUGUGAAGGUAUCUGGGUUAUCAAUAUUCUUCCUUGUUGGUCUUUGAAUAAUUGUUUUGGGUCCAACCCUGGUUUUAUACACAUUACAACUCCUCUCCUUUUUGUUACAUCAGAAGUUACAAAGUCCUUUCCCAACCUUUUAUUUAAGUUUUAUUUAUCCAAGUUUAACUUCUUUACAUGUUCAAUUUUUGUUCCCUUUAGUCUUAUUAUUUAGCCUAUUUACAUUCCAAGUUAGAAUUUUCAAAGGCAUAUUGUUCCAAAUUUAUUUCUCUUUCGCCUCCACCUCAGUUGAAUCUUCUUCUUCCUGUCCAAAUGCUCUUUCUCUAGCUAACUUUCCACCAUAUUUUCUCCAAAAUCUGUAUGGCUCGGUAGGAUCAUGAAAUAUUUGGUUUUUACCAUUAUAUGUAAAAGAUACCACUUCAGGAUAUUCCCAGCAGUGAUAUUUUAAUAAUCAUCCUGGAUGAAUUUCUCUCCAUCAGUAUAUCAAGUUAUUGGCUAAAAUGUUUGUCCUGUUUAAAAAAUACUCAUGUCACAUUCUAGACAUUAAGUAUGUGAGCCCAGGGAAUUGGAGAACCAGUUUAUUCCAGUUCUAUGCUGGAGAGAUUAGUAUUUUGAGAGACAAAAGCCAAAUCAAAGAGAUAAUCUUAGCAGAAAAAAUAAUGCUUUUCUUUUUUGCUUCCCCCAGUAAAGGUCCAAGAAGAAAUUGCAAAGGUUGUUGGAUCUUCUCAGCCAAGUAUUGAACACCGAAGAAAGAUGCCUUAUACAGAUGCCGUGGUCCAUGAGAUCCAGAGGUUUGCCAAUAUUAACCCAACCAACCUGCCACAUGCCACGACUACAGAUGUUACCCUUAAUGGCUACUUCAUUCCAAAGGUGAUACAUUUCAUUGAACUGCUGCCCACUAGUUACAAUAUAUUUAAAGGCUAUCCUGGGAGUAAGCCCCUUGGACUUCAGUGUGGGUGACAUCUGAGCAGACUUGUAUAGGAUUGCACUGCAAGCAUGUAAUCUACCAUUCGGAAGCUGUCAGGCAUCAGCUUCAACCCAUUAAACACAUCUCAGUGGGAAGGAGAACAAGGUUGGAAAACAAACCUUUUCUGGUGGGAGAUCCUGACUUAUAUGUUAAAGUUUUUCGAACUAAAGACAUUUCUCAGAUGAACUCAAAUCUCAUUUCUCCUGCACUGAAUAUUUAUUGUACCAGAGACAUAUGUUUAUUUUUAAAUAACUCUUGCUUUGCCUUUGCAGGGGACAUACAUCAUACCAUUGCUGUCCUCUGUGCUGCGCGAUGAAUCUCAAUGGGAGAAACCACAUAAAUUCUAUCCUGAACAUUUUCUUAACUCUGAAGGAAAAUUCGUAAAGAGAGAUGCUUUCAUGCCUUUCUCUGCAGGUAACUUUUUUUUUCCUUUUUCUUUUGUGUAUAUCUGCAUAGUGUGUGCUUAGUCAAUGGGAUUUUUACAUGCCUGGAAUGUAGCCUAUUGUGCAAAGGUAAGAAUCACAUCAGUUCCUGUGGCCAUUUCUGCCACUAGAUCUGGCCACCAUUGGUGUGCAGCCCCUAGAAUGUUGCUCUCCAGGGAAUGUGCCCCACAGGCUGAAAAGACACCCCCCCCCUGUUUUUCAGCACUGCAGGAUGGCUCGUAUUGGGAGGUCAUAAUUCUUUUAAGAUGGGCACCGUGAGCUGUUAUUUUAUCUCUGCAUUUUAGUCUGCUUUAAAGUAUUUGGGAUGUUAGUAAGCAACUGCUAAACCCAGUUUCUCUGCUGCCUGUGUGUCCUUACAGGUCGGAGAGCAUGUAUAGGUGAGACUCUUGCCAAAAUGGAGCUCUUCCUCUUCUUCACAAGUCUCCUGCAGAAAUUCACCUUCCAGCCACCCCCUGGAACAUCUCAGGAAGACCUGGACCUUACUCCUGCUGUUGGGGUUAUAACACCUCCCAUGCCCCACCAACUCUGCGCUCUGCCACGUUUCUAAGGUUCACAAGUUCCUGGCUUGCUUAUCCUACCUGUAUGUGCAAUGCGAGCCUUUUUUUAAACACCCCUUUUCUGCAAGGGUAUUUGGGUUGAGUAGCCUAGCGGUGGAAUUGGUCCAUGCUUUGUCACAAACCUGAAGUGUUCCCCUUUACCUGCCAUACUGCCGAAUCCCAUGAAACUAGCAUUGGAGCAUCUCUUAAAUAAAACCUAGCCCUGAGUUCUUAUGACACUUGGGGCAUAGAGAUCAAUCAGCAAAGCUGGUUUCAUGUAUUCCCAUGUUAAGGUAUACCUUCAAAUAUCUUGAAGCGUCAUAUUCCCAGGUAGAAUGCAGAGAAUUGUGACCAAGACGAGAAAGGGUCUGGAAACCAUGCCUUAUGCUGAAAUUGAGGAAGUUGGGUAUACAGUGGUAUCUCAAGUUAAGUAAUUAAUUUGUUCUGGAGGUCUGUACUUACCCUGAAACUGUUCUUAACCUGAAGCACCACUUUAGCUAAUGGGGCCUCCAGCUGCCACUGCGCCGCUGAAGCACGAUUUCUGUUCUCAACCUGAAGCACUAUUUCUGGGUUAGCGGAGUCUGUAACCUGAAGCGUAUGUAACCCGAGGUAACAGUGUAUUAGCUUCUGUGGCUCCAAUGUAGUCAAGUCAAGUAACCUUUAUUGGCAUUACAUAAGAACAUUCAGAAUACAUUCAGAAUAGAUAGGCCAGUGCGAUCUCGCCGCCACUCCAAUGGCACAGUCACCCGCCAAAGGGCAGAAGAGGUGAGCAAUCUGCCUCAUCUCUGUGGGUUUCCAGCAAGGGCAGGAUCCUGUAGCAUACUUCAGCGACAAAAAAUCAAAUAGAGGAACUUAGCUACUGUCUUGGUGAGCUCCUGGUCUCUCCCCUGUAAUAAGAACCAUAUAACCUCCAUCUCUGGUUUCCAUGUUGGAAUACAUAGAUGGUCUAGAAACUGUUGGCGGAGAUCAUCAUACCUUUUACAUUUAAGGGCCAUGUGAGCUAGAGUUUCCACCAGGUGGGCAUCACAUGGGCAGAUCCUGUCUCCUUCUGCCAAACCCGCAAACCUACCCCAAAGGAGGUUAGAAGGAUUAGAAUUGAACCUAGCCAGUGAAAAGGCCCUUCUUUCUUGCGCAUUAAACGGAAAUUGUAAAUAAUUAAGAUUAAAUUCCUGCACCCAAGAGAGUUGAAAAUAAAGAGGGGAGCAUGUUUUUUCCCCAACUGAGAUUAGUUCCUGCAGAUCUAUGCCCCACAGCCUAGUUUUUAACAUGGUCUUGGCAACUGGGAAAGCCGCACCGUCCAGGAGAUCCUCUGAAAGCCCGUGUUGCCGUAUCUUUGUGCGAAACAGUUGUAGCCCUGGGGAAGGGAAGGAGUCAGACAGAACUUCGCUGAGCAAGGUAUCUUUGUCUGCUGAAAAACAGAUGUUUAGCCAGCAUAAAAGAAAACUCAUCAAGGCAACUGUCUCUAGCUUAUGUUGGCCUCCCUCUAAACACAGGGCUGCGUAAAGUAUGCAUCAUGGGACAGCAAAGAUCUUAACUAGAAAGGCUGCCUGCACUCUUUCUGCUGACUGGGAAAACCCUGACAUCCAGAUUGGAAUUCCAUAGAGCAGUUGAGCUCUGGCUUUAGCAUUAAAAGCCUUGAGGGCUGAAGGGAUGUGUUUGUUACCUCUUGUUGCAAAGAAGCGCAAUAUGGCCCGCAUGGACAGCUUGCUGGCGUUUACCGCCCCUGAGCAGUGUGAAGACCACCGGAGCCUGUGAUGGAAAGUGAUCCCCAAGUAGUUGAAUUCAAAUAUCUCCUGGAUGUGUUUCCCACCAAAAAACCCAAAUAUAUCUCUUACGAGAAUUCCUGAAAACCAUUAUUUUGCUUUUGUCAAAAUUCAUACUCAUUUUCAUACUAGACAGAUAAUCAAUACAGGCAUUUAACAAAUGCUUUAAGCCAAUUCUAGUCCGUGAGAGCAGAAACAUAUCAUCUGCAUAUAGGAAAAUGGGAAUUUUUGAUGCAUUGAGUUUUGGGCUGUGAGCAUCCACCAGUUUUAGUAAUGGGGCAAGGUCAUUUAAGAAGAGAUUAAAAAGAGAGGGAGCAAGAACACAGCCCUGUUUCACACUUUGAUUUAUAGCAACAGGGUCUGAUACAUCGUCCCCUGGAGUUAUUCUUAUGCGACAGGUAUUAUUUGAGUAAAGCUUUUUAGUCAGGUAAAGUAACCUGGGGUCUAAGCCCAGUAUCUCCAGUUUGGACCAUAACAGCCCCCUGUUGACUGAGUCAAAAGCAGCCUUAAGCUCUAAAAAGGCCACAAAUAGUCCUUCCUUAUGGUGCCGCAUGUACUUGGUGGCUAAAUGGGAUAACACUAUACAGUUACGUAAAGUGGAUUUCCUGGCCUAAAAACUGCCUGCUCUGGGUCUAUGAUGAUGUUCAGGUCAAGCCAUGUAGUUAAUUUGGAUAAUAGAUGUUUUGCAUACAAUUUCCCAAUAUUUGACAAUAGGCUUAUUGGUCGAUAGUUCGAAGGUAACUUUUUGUCCCACUUUUUAAAGAUUGGAAUAAUUAUGGAAUUCUGUCAUGAAUUAGGCAGAAUUCCAGUUUUGUCCACCACAGUGAAUAGUUCCGCUAGAAUCGGAGCUCACCAGUCUGGCUUGGCUUUAACUAGUUCAGACAGGAUGGCUCCAAUGUAUUUGGAUCCUGUAGAAGACAAGGCUAUACAAUUCUGUAUAUAACUACCCCAGGAGAUUGGACCAUUGGCAGACAUAAAGACAUACCCACCCACAGAUUUAUAGUUUUUUGCACCCCCAGCCCAUUCAGUGUCCAUGUAACCUACCAGUUCAGGAUCACUGUAAGUUGGCAACUUUAAUUUACAGUUCAUUAUACCAUUUAGAUGUCUGACAACUCUCUUGAUAGCUGUCCAGUCAUGUUCAGUAGGAACUUUCACUUUUCUGCUCAGAAUAAUCACUGCAUUUGAUAUAACCAACCUGCAUGUCAUGGUCAGGUAUAAAAGUAUUGCUGACCUGUAUUUGUUGUUUUCAGGCAAUGGCUUUGUUUCCUCCUGGUUCUUUAAAAAGUCUGUAGCAAUAGAUGGGUUUGCCUUUGGCAUCUCCAUGCUGUCAGUUAGUUAAGUGACUUUCUGUUUCUGGCUUAGAAUAAAACAGCCAUCUUCUCUCUGUAUCUGGACUAGCUACUGCUCUGAGAGGCAAGAGGGAGCUAAUCCCUUUCACACUGGAGUCAGUGGAAGCCAUCAUGUGCUCACCAGGAAAUAGAAAAAAUGCCCGCUUUGAAUCUCUCUUCUCUCUUAAGAAAAUCCAGCCACACCCACUAUAAUACUUUGAAUUUUGUCUUCACUGGGCCCCAUAACCUUUGUAGGAAUGGAUUUAGGCACUAUGAGAGGAUGUACGGUUUAGUUAUUGUCCUUCCUUGUUCACAUUGUUGCAUGUCAUAUGCUCUAAUGUAUACAAAGAUAUACCCUAAUGCCACCAUGUUCAACAGUUUCAAGAUAAAAAUGAAUAAAAACUAUGCUAAAAAGAAAAAUAUGUGUGAGUGUUUCAAUGGGAGAAAGUUCAGGAAAUACUGGACACAAUGCAGUCGUACCUAAUUAAAGUGGAAUAAUUUCAUCUGCAAAUGAUUUCACAAUGCUGCUAUCUACUCCCAGUGUAACAAACAAACUAAGUUUACAGGUAAUCCUGAAUGAUGACUUCGCCGCCUUCAAGAGCAUUUGGAUCUGUUCUGGAACAUAGCUGUCAACUUGCAGAUUUGAAAAUAAGGGACCAGCAGCCUUGAAAAUAAGGAUUCAGCAGCCAAAAUAAGGGAUUUUAGUCAACCAGCAGCCAAACGAAGCCUCAAGCGGUGGUUCCCACAGCGCAGCAACCCGGCCAAGGGGAUGCAGCAAGGAAAACCACCGUCACCUCUCAGCUGGGAAGCACUGAGCAAAGGCGAGUCCCCAGGCAACGUGGCCAAUUUGAUCGGCACAAAGCAUGCAAGCUACACCCCCCCAGUCGUUCUUAGACUCCUUAUUGGGUGAGCAACGCAGCCAAGCAACACAGUUGGAGCCUCCCUCCUCCCUGGCCGGCAGGGAGGGAGGGAGAGGAGCUACUUCCUUUGAAACCCGGGAAAUUUAAGGGACAUCAUCAAUAAGGGACAGCAGCUGGACACAGCGCUGGAAUAAGGGACUUUCCCACCAAAUAAGGGACGGUUGACAGCUAUGUUCUGGAAAGCAUUAGUUUCUGCAAGUAAGCACCACCCACUUGAAAAAUCAGAGGGAUGAUUAAUGAUUCGCUAGAAACAUUAUGUAACAUAAUAUAUUGGCUGCUCAUUGCAGUUGGUAGACACUGUUGUUGACCAAACUGCACUGUAGUUUUGUUGUUUCUGAAGAAGUCUUUUAGACAGUGUUAGCCUUUUGGUUGCCAGGUUUUUAUAUGGAGGUCUUUGGUAUUUUUCUGUUUGGCUCUGGAGACCCCCAGGCCUUGGAGCUCUGUUCAGGGGCUGAGCGUGGGGGUGGGCCACACCGGGUGACAUCCUGAGGGAGGGUGACACUCUGCAUGUGUAUCCCUGCCCACGACUCCCAAGCCUACGCCUGUCGGGGCCGCUGGCAAAGUGGCAAAGCUCCCCCCUCCCCCAGCUCACUGUAGGCUUGGGAGUCAUGGGCGGGUUGCCCCGUCAUCCAGGAAAAAGCCUUGCUCCACAGAUCGCCUGCUUGCCCGCUGGUGCUUCGCUUCCUUCCUGCUGGGGCUGCGAGGGGCGGGCCAGGAAGGGGCGUUGGUGGGCCAUGAGAAGGGGCGUCGGUGGGCCAUGUGAAAAGGAUCUAAGAGUCUUGGUUGACCACAAACUUGACAUGAGCCAACAGUGUGACGCGGCAGCUAAAAUAGCCAAUGCAAUUCUGGGCUGCAUCAAUAGGAGUAUAGCAUCUAGAUCAAGGGACGUAAUAGUGCCACUGUAUUCUGCUCUGGUCAGACCUCACCUGAGUACUGUGUCCAGUUCUGGGCACCACAGUUCAAGAAGGACACUGACAAACUGGAACGUGUCCAGAGAAGGGCAACCAAAAUGGUCAAAGGCCUGGAAACGAUGCCUUAUGAGGAAUGGCUAAGGGAGCUGGGCAUGUUUAGCCUGGAGAAGAAGAGGUUAAGGGGUGAUAUGAUAGCCAUGUUCAAAUAUAUAAAAGGAUGUCACAUAGAGGAGGGAGAAAGGUUGCUUUCUGCUGCUCCAGAGAAGCAGACACGGAGCAAUGGAUCCAAACUACAAGCAAGAAGAUUCCACCUAAACAUUAAGAAGAACUUCCUGACAGUAAGAGCUGUUUGACAGUGGAAUUUGCUGCCAAGGAGUGUGGUGGAGUCUCCUUCUUUGGAGGUCUUUAAGCAGAGGCUUGACAACCAUAUGUCAGGAGUGCUCUGAUGGUGUUUCCUGCUUGGCAGGGGGUUGGACUCGAUGGCCCUUGUGGUCUUUUCCAACUCUAUGAUUCUAUGAGUCUAUGAACCAUUGGGGAUUGCACCAGCAGGGUAGAAAAACGCAUUUUCAAUGCUUUGUUCUGAUGCAUGGCCUCGCCUUUAAUGAAAUAAUGCGCCCCCCUCCCAGCCAUGGUAGUGGUGCUGGGACCAGCCAGGCAGCGCCAUUGGUGCUUGUGGUCCUCAGGAGCUCCAUGCUGCUGUGGUGCUUGCCAUCUUGCCUCUCCAGAAGUCCAUACUGGUGCACUUUCAGAAAUCCAUCCCUGAAUGCAGUUCACUGAUUACUCCAAAGAAUUUCACAAUGCUGUCCUUUACUCCCCUUAUAACAGAUUAAUUUUACACAUAAUCUGGGUGACAGAUCUGCAUCCAGGUUCAAGAGAGUUUAAUAUGGUUUAAUGAUUAGCUCGAGACAGCACCUAGCAUAACAUAUAUGCUGCUCACUGCAGUUGCAGGACAUUGUCCUCAACCAAACUGCACUGUAGCUUUCCUUAUAACCACUGCAAAACAAAUUGCUUGCUGAAACAAAAUGGAUUGGACGGAGCCGAUUCCAGUAUUGUUCCUCUUUAUCCUUAUGGUUUCCUUUGUUUUGAAACUGGGCACUUUCUGGAACAAGAGCUCCCAAAAUCUUCCACCAGGACCAAGGCCUUUACCUCUCAUUGGGAAUCUCCACAUCAUGGAUCGCAAGAGGCCUUACAGAACCAUGUUAAAGGUAAAGAUUCCAGUUCUUCCCAUGGCAAGGCUGAAGGGUACUGGGGCAGCCCAAUCAGAUGAGCGGAGUAGAAAAUUAGUAUUAUUAUUAAUAAUAGUAUCAGUAAUAGAAUACAUUUUGUUCUUUUAGAGCCUAUAAAUCUCAUCUCCCCUUUGUAUGCUACAGAACCGCCUCUUAACUUUCCCAAUCAUAGGACUUAGUUGCAAUUUAUAACUGGUAAUUUGAACAAGGUGUCUGGGGGUGUCUGGUGUCUAAUCCCGUUUGACUCUGCCUCCAUUUUCAAGGAUGCAAAAGUGCCAAUACAAACCUUGCCUAGCCCAGCCUCCUCCUUCAGCUUAUCUUUCUAAACUAGAUUUGAGAGGUGCCAUUAAAGGUAUAAUCACUUUUAUCCUUACAACUGCCUAUGUUGUUCUGGUUUUCUGAUUAUUCCUAGCAAAUAUUUGUUCUGCCACAACUGAAUAAUAAUAAUAAUUUAUUAUUUAUACCCUGCCCAUCUGGCUGGGUUUCCGCCACCCAACAGACUAAGAAUAUGAUAAAACAUCAAACAUUAAAAACCUCCCUUAAAAGGACUGCCUUCAGGUGUCUUCUAAAAAUCAGAUAGUUGUUUAUUGCCUUGACAUCUGUUGGGAUGGCGUUCCACAGGGCAGGUGCCACUACCAAGAAGGCACUCUGUCCUGUAACCUGUAACCUCACUUCUCACAGUGAGGGAACCACCAUAAGGCCCUGAGCCCUGGACCUGAGUGUCCAGGCUGAAUGGUGGGGGUGGAGACGUUCCUUCAGGAAUACCGGACCGAGGCCAUUUAGGGCUUUAAAGGUCAGCAUCAACACUUUGAAUAGUGCUUUGAAAUGUACUGGGAGCCAACGUAGGUCUUUCAGGACCAGUGGUAUAUUGUCUCGGCAGCCACUCCCAGUCACCAGUGUAGCUGCCACAUUCUGGAUUUGUUUCGGUUUCCAGGUCACCUUCAAAAGUAGUCCCACAUAGAGCACAUUGCAGUAGUACAAGCAGGAGAUAACUAGAGCAUGCACCACUCUGGCAAGACAGUCUGCUGGCAGAUAGGGUCUCAGCCUGCGUACCAGACAGCUGUGUUGACACAGAAUUGACCUGCGCCUCCAUGGACAGCUGUGAGUCCAAAAUGACUCCCAGGCUGCACACCUGGUCCUUCAGGGGCACAGUUACCCCAUUCAGGACGAGGAGUCCUCCACACCUGCCUGCCUCUUGUCCCCCCAAAGCAGUACUUCUGUCUUGUCAGGAUUCAACCUCCAUCUGUCAGCCACCAUCCAUCCUCCAACCGCCCCCCGACACUCACACAGGACCUUCACUGCCUUCAAUGGUUUUUAUUUAAAAGAGAGGUAGAGCUGGUUAUUAUCCGCAAACCCCACAAGUGAGAGCCCAGGGGCCUGAACACUCAUCCCCCAACACCACUUUCUGGACACAGCCCAGGAAGAAGGAGCAAAACCACUGUAUAACAGUGCCCCCAGCUCCCAGCCCCUCUAGACGGUCCAGAAGGAUGUCAUGGUCGAUGGUAUCAAAGGCCACUGAGAAAUCCAGCAGAACUAGGAAACAGCUUUCACCUUUGUCCUUAGCCGGCUGGAAAUCACUGACCCGCAGUUUCAGUCUCAUGAUGAGGCUUGAAUCCCAAAUGGAAGGGAUCCAAAUGGACCGCAUCCUCUAGACGUUCCUGGAGUUGUUCAGCAACCACCCACUCAAUUACCUUGCAAAAGAAUGGAAGAUUUGAGACUGGGUGGUUGUUAAUGCAGUCUUGGUUCUGUCAGAGACGAUUUGCAUUAAUAUAUUCUUUAGGUAUGCCAGAACUCUGUUUCUCACUUUUUCUUCUGUUGAAUUCCAGUUGUCAAAGCAGUAUGGCCCUGUCUUCAGCAUCCAAAUGGGACCCCAGAAAACUGUGGUGUUGACAGGAUAUGAGACAGUAAAGGAGGCUCUGGUUAAUCAGGCGGACGCAUUUGCUGACAGGCCCAUUGUUCCAUUAUUUCAAGAGCUUGCACAAGGCUUUGGUGAGGCACCUCCCUUCUAUUGGAACUGGUAAUGCUUACAAACACACACUGGUCCCACCAGGUGAACACAAUAUGUUCCCAAGAAAUGGUUUGUAAGAUGAGUGUUUGCAAAGCAAGUCAUCGAAAUCCAUUGUUUCCUGUGGGGGAAAUCCUUGUGAAUUUUUCAACCAACCUCAGUGCCUUUGACAUUGACAGUGUAUCUGCAGGCGUUAGGCUGAGAAUGUGUCACAAAAAGUGUCGCCUGUCAAUUUCUGCAGAUCAAGCUAAAAUGUUAAAAAGAGUAGACCAGGCCAACUUUUUUGGUCUUGACUUUCAGUGGCUCAGUGGUGCUCUGUUGAAGAAACAAAAAUGGAGACCAUUUAAAGCAAACCUUUCCCAUUCCCACCUUCUUCCCAACAGUCAUAUUGUAGAGGUGGGGGAGAAUGAGACAGGAGGAUUGUGAAUAAUAGUCACACAGCAAAGUAAUGCCACACACCAAGGGGAAACUGACUGACCAUUUUCUGCCCCAGCCUAUAUAUAGAAGAAAAAUGAAGGAGGCAUAAUGGAAUACAAAGUAACAAGCAGAGUUCUGAUGGGAUCCCUGACAUGUAAAAACCACCCUCCACUCUAGCCUACACUUUGUAAUGGAAAAUAUUGAUCAAUGGGUUCUCAGGUCAUGCUCUGAUGGCACAGCUGCCAGCUGCUUUGUUAAAGCUCAGAAGUCUGAAUGGGAGAAUAGCUGGGAUCCAUUCUCAGUUCCAUGAAAGAAAUGCAGAACACAAUUUAUUGAUAUUUUUGUACAAUGGCCAUGCAGACAUGAAAGCUUUCCUCCCGUCUCUUUAGGUGUAAUUCAGUCUAAUGGUGAAAACUGGAAAGUGAUGCGGCGGUUUGCUUUAAGCACAUUACGGGACUACGGAAUGGGAAAGAGGACCAUAGAGGACAGAAUUGUUGAGGAAUGCAGUGUCCUGAUAAAGAAAUUUGAAUCUUAUGAAGGUGGGUUGGUGUUUUCCUCUGGUGCAUAGCUACACUACCGUUGUUUAAAGGUGCCAAGACUAUUGUGUUACAUAUUCCUAACUUCCAGAAGCACAGAUCCCAGGGUUCCCUGCAAUUGGUCUGUUCCUGUAAUGUGCAGAUUGCACUGCAAUAACUCCUGUGACUUCCAAGCAUUUCUUAGCCCAGCUACGGCAACAUCCAGGGGAAACAGGAAACAGGAAGUUUUCUCCUGGCUGCUAGAAAGCAUCCCAUAGCAUGUCCAUUCUAGGAAUGUUGUACUUGACUCCUAUGUGUUUUACAUCCCACAUUUUUAAAAGUGUAUUUUUGUUUAACUGUCAUAUUUAUGUAUAGGAAACCCAUUUGAGACCACCACAAUUAUGAAUGCAGCUGUUGCCAAUAUAAUAGUGGCCCUACUACUAGACAAGCGAUUUGAUUAUGAAGAUCCCACAUACAUAAGACUUCUGAAGUUGGUCAAUGAAAAUAUCCGACUCGUCGGAAGCUUUUCAGUCACGGUAAUAUAUUUUUUACAAUUAAAACAAACAAACAGUUGAUUAUAAUAACAGUGUAUGCAAAGUGGGCAGGGCUACCUGUUUAUUGUAUAUUGUUCAGGGUUCACUACAAAACACAGAAUAUUGAUAUCUUGAGAAACCUGGUGCUAAUUCAAAAUAUUUAGAAAACUCACACGGUACAGUCAUCCCGUAACUAUAAUAAAGUCUCUUUUGCACACACGCUUUCUGGCCUCACUGCCAUCGGGACUCCAAGGACAAGGAAGAAGAAGUGAUUGUUUGUUCCAUGAUGGCUCAGAAGGGGCCUCCAAGGGCAGAUCUCCCUCUCUGAAGGCAAGAGAACUGCCAUAGCAUAUUAUUUUGGGGUUGAACAUAAAUUAUGCUAUGCUGAGGUAGCCCUAACCCCAUUCCAAAUGGCAUUCAAGAGUUUUGUUUUGUAUUUGGGCAGUCAUGCUCUGAGAGACCCAGCUGAGAGUACAAUACUGAGUUUUUCUAAUGUCUCUUUUCACAUUUUUAUCCUUUCAGCUGUAUAACAUGUUUCCUGCUCUUCGUUUUCUUCUGGGGGCUUAUAAGACUAUCAAGCAAAACAGAGAUGAGCUGUUUGCCUUCAUAAAUGCCACCUUCAUAAAACACCUCAGAGAUUUGGAUGAAAAUGACCAGAGGAGCUUUAUUGACUCAUUUCUUAUCCAACAGCAAGAGGUAAUGGAGUCUUUUAAGUUGGCCCAGAAUAAGCGUUGCCAUUUUCAAUUCAUGUUUUGAGGGCAUAUUCGCAAGUGAAUGCAUAAGUUGUAGUCAGGAAGUCUCACUUCAGAAGGGACCAACCUGGCAUACUUCCUCCCCUUUCCCAAUAGUCGGCUAUUGUUAAUGUGUUACAGAAGUUGCCUCUGCAGGGUCAAUGGUUGCAUGCUCAACAGCAUUUCUGGAAAAAAAUCCCUGAUCAAGAAAACAUGUAAUUAUAGAUAAUUAUGCAGUGAUGAGAGGUAAUCAAGUCAUAAAUAUUGGUUGCCAGACUCCCUUUUGAUACAAGGGGGGAUGGGAUAAUGCCUCAUGUGCUCAGAAGAAGGCGUUCUUCACACUGGAGGAGAUAGGAAGCUUUGAGGGUGGGGAGGCAUCUCAGAGCAAGGAAAAAACAUUGGCCCAUGCACCGACCAAUCACCCUUAAAUUAUGCCUUCAGUUCUUUUAACCAUUACUAAGAUUGGAAAUGAACAUGAAUUGGAGUUUCUGCUUAUCAUUUAAUUAGCACCCAGAAAAGGAAACAGGUGGUUGGGUGACAACAAAGUUCUAAAUAACAGGUUGGAUAUUAUUUCUAAAAUCUUAAGCUAAUUAAUGAUGAGUUUGAAAAGUUAAAGCAGAUAUACAAGCCUGGUGUGCUGGUCCCAUGGGUUACCCGAGAGGCGAGGUCCAAGUCCGGUCUGUGGUCAAAGGCGCAACAUGGAAGCAGUCCAUAGUAGCUGAAGCUGGGUGCAGGGCAGGGAGUCGGGUGAAGUCAGGAACAGGCAUGCAAGCAGGGAGACAGCGCGGGUCAUGAGCUCAGGCAGGAAAGCAGGACAGGGUCCAGGCAGAAACUAGCAACCAACAAUGUUGCUCUCGCAAGCUGGGACUGGGGCUGGCCGGCUUUUAUCUGCCCCGAGGCAUAGGGCGGCCCCGAUCUUCUGGUGAUUUGCCUCUCCUGGCCUGGAGGCGAGCACUCCUCCUGCAGGAACUUAGUUCCUUCCUCCUCUCUGCCCUGAGCCUCUGCAGCUCAGAAGAGGCUUGACUGUUCCGGACCCAGAGGCAACCUCAGCUUCCUCUGACGGGGCUGAGAGUGGAGUACCUGCAGGCAAUGGGUCCUCCAUCACCUCAGGAGCCAGAGUAGACUCAGCUGAUGCCUGCACCUGAGGAUCCAGCACAGGUGAGGACCCUUCAGGCUCAAGCCCCAGCCCUGGCUCAGCUGGUUCUGGAGGUGGGGAAUCCUGUGCAGGCUGGGAUCCCUCAGUUUCAGCCUCCGAGUCCGAAUCCCAGGCCAUCACACCUGAAUUUGCUUUUAACUUUCAAUCUACAUUGCCUGUAAAACUGUUUUCUUCCUGUCUUUCCCGUGCUAUCCUGACUGGGAAAUAAAAGUGAAUUCUAUCUGCAUCACAAGGGCAGCAUAACGGAGACGCUCAAGGGGGUGUGUGUCUCAUAAAUCAGGCAAAAAUAACUGACUCCUUCAUUGCUUCUUGAAAAUAUAUGAAAAUGCCAUAAUGAACAGUUAGCACAGUUAAGAGAUGAGAUGUGCAGAAAGUUUGGAGAGAUUUAAUCAGAGAUGCAAUUGCAGAUGAAAUAAUCUAUAGAACCUGUGGGAAAAGACUUGGACUUUCCUCUGCCUAAAUGGGGAAACAACAGCUUUACAGCUGUAUAAAGGGAUGAAACAAAUAAAAGAAGCUGUUGUGAAAAUCUGAAUAUUUUGAAUAAUAGUUAUAUACAUAAUUCACAUACAGAGAUGCGGAAUACUACUUUUCUUCCUUUGCUUUAUUUUAUUUUUUAGCUUGCUUUUUCUGUGACUUUUAAUCAUUGUUAGUUCUCUGUACGUUCUAUUUGUAUGUAUGUUUUGUUUUUUGAAGUUAUAUAUUUUGGAUAAAUGAAGAUACCCUCAGGAAGGAGAUGGACCAAAGAUGGACAUCUGUGUGAGAUGCAGAGAGGAUCCCUCAGGGUGGGAAGCUGAGGAAAGAGGUGGGAACUGGGAGGGUUCGCUCUUCUGGGUCUGGAAUAAGGGUUCAGGUAUAAAUAAUAAAGAUCUUAGAAUUGUUAUCCUUCCCCUUUCUUUUCUUUUUCUUUUCUCUUUUAAAAAUUCUCUUCUUUUUGGUUUCUAGUUUGUCCUGCUGCAAAUUCACGGCAGUCUGAGACUGAGCCACUUUUAGAUCGGCAGGAUGGCCAUUUGGGAGAGCAGAUAGGGGGGAAAUGGUAGAAAGGAGAAUUAUUGGAUGCUAAGAUCCAAGUUUUGGGCAAGUACUGUUUCGUGAGAGAACUACAGCAUAGAUUUAAAAAGGACAAAAUAUGCAGCAAAAUAAUAGUGGAAAUAUAAGUUGUUGAAAAGCAUCUUUUAGCAUAUGUACCAAAUAAAGGUUCUAAACAGCUAAGAAGUUUUAAUAUUUUUUCACUCUGCUUUUGAUCCUCCGCCUCACUUGUGAAUCUGCUGGUUGUAAUGUGAAACUGCAUGGCUGCACCUUUGUGAGAGAGAAAUGCUAGGAAUGUAUCCCUGAUAAGCAAGGACUGUGUGGAUCUUAGAAAAAGUGCUCAGUAUGGUGAAUAUCCCGAAAAACACACCACUGUUGGUCGGUGCCGUACGGCAACUAUUGAAUGAACAAUUGGAUGAACUCCUUCCUCUCUUCACUCCCUUCUGGCUCCCAGCAGGACAGGCAGCUAUUACAACCAGCAACUCUAUCGGUGUUACUCUUCCUGUUAGAAAGUGUGGCUGAAGGGAGUUGCAAUCUCAAAAAUAUGGAGGGCACCACAUUGUCUAUAUCAGUUUAAUGAAACAGUUCCAGAUGAAUAUGUGGUAUUUCUGUGUCAUUUUUCCAGUUUAGACUAUGAGUAAAUACAUUAAAGACUAUGAGUAAAUGCAUUAAAGAAGUUCAACUGAGAACCAUAUAUGUCAGCAGAAAACAACACUUUAUGGUAACGCUGAUUUCAGAUCUCCACAAGUGUUCGCCAGAAAUUCUGCCUUCCAUGUAUGCAAUCAUAAUACUGUUGCAGGUUUGUGGGGUCAGUCUGCAUGAUGCCUGAGCACGUUCCAGCUUGUGGGGAUCUUGUACCCAGUAAGGGUUAAUUCUAAUGGAACUGAAUCUAUUAUUGAAUCAGGCAGACAAGUUUCUUUGUGAGAUGAGGGCCAUAUACUUGUCAUCUAAAUACUGCCGCUAGUUCCUUUGUCUAAACAAAGGCUGUUGGCUAAGUAGUUAAGCACCACGAUUCGCAUCAGAGAAGGAGGAGCUGGAUUGCCUAGCUUCCCCGACCUCCUCUCUUAGCUGGUAGAUGGUGAACAACAGCUGUGACUAUGGAGAAGCAAGACGUUUUGUGGUCUGAGCCCCUCUAUCUUAUGCUCGGGAUGUAUAUAUGUGUAAAUAAACCCUAUAUCGGACUUCCUGUUUCUUGCCAAGGGAUAUGGCUGCUUCCCAAGAGAUAGGACACCCAGUUGUGCCAGAAAUUCAAGACUAAUAUGAGGGUAAUUUGUCCUGCUGACCCCUCCAGGGGAUGAGGGGGCUGUCUCACCCACAGAUCGUCUGAUAUCUGUCACCCACAACAAGAUGUGGGGGCAGAGGACACUGGGUGCUGGACCCUGGCACAGAAGAACUCUCUGGAUUCAAUCUCUCGAGCAGGGACACCUGUUUUUAAAAAUUACUAAGAUUCAGACCAAAAACGGGCGUUUCUUGGAUGGAGGAAAUGAAAGAAAAAUCUGCUAAAUUAUACAGUUGCUUGGGCUGAAGUGGCUUGGGCUGAAGAGGAGAUAAGAUGGCUGCGGUUGCUGCACACUUACAAAAAGAAGAAUCCUCCUUCCCCAGAGAGGCUGGAAAUAUUUUCUCGAUUAUAAAAAUGUGUGUAUUUACAUAAAAAUGCAUUUGCUUGCAUGGAUAUAUUUUUACACAUGGUUUGAAGAGAGAGUGACAGCAAAUUUUGGGUGCCUGCUGGUUUUCCUAGGGCCCGGGAAACUGGUAGGGGGAUAUGGAGUGCAUAGAAGAACAAUUUCUAUAUAACUUACUGUUUAUGAAGCACACCCUCACCGAAUUGCAUUUACUGGACACAUUCAAAACAUCAGUUCAUCAAAAGAGAACAAAGAGAAAACUUGGCCGUUAUUCUUAACUUUGGAUGGAAGCCCAGGACUUUCAGCAGAGGGAGGUGCCACCAAGAGAGAACUAUCUUUUAAAAUAAUCUAAGAGAGGGAAAUAUUGAAAUAAAAGCUCCUGUUAAAACAAGAUUGGGAGUCACAUACCAGUGAAUGAUUGAUUGAGAAGACAAGGAUGGUUAAUCAGAAUUUGGAAACUGGAAAUUAACAAGAAAGCAGAAAACAAAUAAAUAUAUUAUCUCUGAAACCCAGGAAAUGAGGAAUCCUACCUUUUAAAUUUCUUUGAAUUUGGAAUAUAUAAUUGGUAAUAUGGUAUAUUAUUUCAUUUAAUUUGUUAAUAAUUGUAAUAUUUUUAUUGGAAAAUUAAUAAACCUUAUUUUAAAAUAAAUAAAUAAACCCUAUAUCAUCCUGAUGGCAUAGUCUGGAAAGCCUGGCAUCUCUCACUACUUAGCUACUGAAGUGAUGUGCAAUGAUACUUUGGAUCAUCGGGUUCAGUCAGGUAUUCAUUUUCAUCUUUGUACAUGAAAUUUUCUCACUGCAUCCAUUCUAAUCAGUUCAUACUCUUUGCAACCCAGGAGGAGAAGAAGAAGAAGACGAAUGUAUAUUUCCAUAACAAAAACUUAAAAGCUGUUGUGGCCAACUUAUUUGGUGCUGGCAUGGAGACCACUUCUACCACACUGUGCUGGGGACUGUUACUAAUGAUGAAAUAUCCUGAAAUUCAGAGUGAGUGCUUUUAAUUGGGUUGGCUCCCAUUAUUCUGAGAUAUCUUAAUUCCAGUUAUAUGUAACUAUUAGAGAGAGAAAAUAUUUAUAAUUUGCAUAUAUAUAUAUAUAUGUGUGUGUGUGUGUAUAAUCACAACAAUUGUUCAGUCAUAAGCUUAACAUUUCAACCUGGACUCCCUUCUCCCUCUUUCUGUGGUUCUUUACAUUUCGAUUCAUAUUCCUGCAUACUCCAGAUUAUCUCAACAUAUUAUUUUAGAUAUAUAUUCCCGUAUAUAUCCAAUAGAUAUAUUGAAACUGCGGGUUUUUACAUUAAUCCUGCCAAUGUCUUAGUAUGUUUACAGUUUGUUUGUAAAUUUGUAAUAAACCAUUUCCAUUGCUUUCUAAAAAUAAGAAUAAUCUUGUUCUCCGAGUACAUUUUGCCAUUUCUGCGUAGUCCAUUAAUUUCUGUAUCCAUUCUUCUCUUGUCGGGACCUCUUCAUCGUUCCAUUUUUGAGCAAAUAUUAAUCUUGCAGCAAUGGUUGCAUAAACAAAUUUGUAUGAAUUUAUAUAAAUGGCAUACAUAAAUAAAUUUCUAAGUACUCUAUACUAAAUAAAUUUCUAGGUAGUUCUGAUCUCAUAAUUUCCAAAAGAAAAGCUUAUGGCUUUUUAAACAUCAUAAACAUCUUUUCAGUUCAUCAUAUAUCAUUUCCCAGUAAACAUAUGAAAAAUAGUACUUUCUUUCUCUUUAUGUUUCCAGCACAUAUUCAGUUUGGAUUUAUACAUUUAACCAAUUUACUAGGUGUCAGGUACCAUCUAUGUAACAUUUUCAUAUAGCUGUCUCUUAAACUAAAACAUUCUGUAAAUUUUAUAUCCACGUUUGAUAAACUUUCCCAUGCCUCCAUUUCUGUAUUAUUACUAAUAUCUAUUGCCCAGUGUAUCAUUGAAGAUUUCACUUGUUCGUCCUUUGUCUCCCAUUCCAAUAAGAUCUUAUACAUUUUACAUAUCACUUUAACAUUACAGUUUAACAGGUCUCUUUCCAGUUGUGAUGUUUGUUCCGCAACCCCCCGCUUCAUAUCCCUUUUAAAGACUUCAUUCAAAUGAUGAUAUUGUAACCAUGUUGUUAACAUCUCUGAUAAAUCUUUUUUAAAAAUUAAUUUACCGGUAAAUUCUCCAAAAGUGAAAGCCAUAGUGGUGUUUUGGUCUCCAACAGGUUUUUAUACUUAUCCCAUACUCCAUACAUUUUUUCCCUGAUUAUAUGGUUUGUAAAUCCUUUAUGUACUUUCACAUUUUCAUACCUCAAGUAAGCGUGCCAACCAAAAAUAUUAUCAUGACCGUCCCAAUCUGAAAUAUGUGGAUUAUUCAAUAACAAUCAUUCCCUCAAACAGCAUAGACAAGAUGCUUCAUAAUAAAAUCUCAUAUGCAGCAGGAGGAAACCUCCUUUCUCUUUCAUCUGUCAAUUUUUUAUGUUUUAUUCUUAUUUUUCCUUGUCAGAUAUAUUUAGAAAUAUAUUUUUGCCAUUUGUUGAAACAAUUUGUCGUCCUGAUCACUGGUAUUGAUUGAAGCAUUCCAUGACCUUUUAAAAUGUGGUUUUUUUGUAGGGGGGUUAUUGGGUGGUUGUUUUUAUUUUGAUUAUGUAUUUUGUGGUUUUCUAUUUUGAUUUUAUUCUGUGAAUAAUAAGGAUAAACAAAAAGAAUAUUGUCAGUGAUACAUUCAUUUUAAUGGUUGAAGUAAUGCAAGUUUCAUUCUACUCCAUAUUUGCAAAUUUAUUUUAAUAUCCUCCCAAAUUUUUAAAUAAUUAUCCUUAUAGAAAUUCAUAUUCUUGCUCUUAACCACACACCCAAAUAUUUAAUCUUCUUUUCACUCUUUAAGAUGGAUAAACUUUGUAAUUUAUUUUUACUCUCAUCAUUCAUAUUUUUUACCAGGAGUUUGGUUUUAUCUUUGUUAAUUUCAAGACCUGCUAUUUCUAAAAAAAUAAAAUAAAAAAUCUUUUCCAAUGCCUUUGGGAUUGACUCUAUUGGUUCCUCAACAAAUAUCACCACAUUAACUGCAAAAGCUAUUAUAUUAUACUAUAUUAUAUUCAUAUUGUCUCUUUCCCGCUUUUAUUCCCACUUAUUUUUUUUUAUUACAUCUUAUUUGUGCCAAAACUUCUAAAACUGUUAUAAACAAUGAAGGUGACAGUGGGCAACCAUGUCUACUUCCUUUAGUUAUUUUACAAUUCUCAGUCAAUACAUUACUUACUGAUGGAUCAGUAUAUAUUGAGUUAACUCCUUUUAUAAAACUGUCUCCACAAACCAUAUAUUCCAAAGCCUUAAACAUAUAAAGUUCCAGGAGACAUUGUCAAAUGCUUUCUGGAGCCUAAAUGCUUUCUCUUUAAUACAGUUUUAAACAUAUUAGCUAAUGUGUCUACAAACAGUUUAUAAUCGUUAUCCAACAUCGAAAUAGGUCAAUAGCUCUUAACCAGCUUUGGAUCUCUAUUUUGUUUAUGAAUCAAUGUUAUGUAUACACUCUUCUGGGAUUUGGGUAACUGUCCUGUAUUCAAAGUUAUAAUUAUAAUAUCUUUUAAAGGUUGCAUUAGGUAAUCUUGUAAUUUUUUAAUACAGUGCUACCUCGCAAGACGAAUGCCUCGCAAGACGAAAAACGCGCAAGACGAAAGAGUUUUCCGUUUUUGAGUCGUUCCGCAAGACGAAUUUCCCUAUGGGCUUGUUUCGCAAGACGAAACGUCUUGCGAGUUUGUUUCCUUUUUUCUUAAAGCCACUAAGCCGCUAAUAGCCAUGCUUCGCAAGACAAAAAAACCGCAAGACGAAGAGACUCGCGGAACGGAUUAAUUUCGUCUUGCGAGGCACCACUGUAAUAUAUUGCUGAAACUCCAUCAGGUCCGGGUGCCUUCCCUAAUUUUGCCUGUAAAAUUACUUGCUCUAAAAUCAUCAUUGUGACAGGGCUAUUCAGAAAUGACAUUUCAACUUUUGGUAUCUUAAGCAGUCUGUUGUCUUCUAAAUAUUUACCCAUUUCUUCUACCUUAACUCAUUUGCCUUAAUAUGGUGCUGUAUAAAAACUCACAAAUUGAUCUAUUAUUUUUUUCAGAUUUUCCACAACUCUACCUCCUACCUUUAUUCUCUCAAUGCAGUUUUUUCUUCUUUCUUCUUUAUUUGCCAAGCUAAUAGUUUUCCUGUUUCUUGGAGGCAUAUAACUUCCAGUUUUAACUUCUUUACAACAUGAUCAAUUUUAUUCAUUUAGUCUUAUUAUUUUGCUUAUUUACAUUCCCAGUUAGAAUUUUGAAAGCCAUCUUGUUCCAUAGUUAUUUCUCUUUCGCCUCCACCUCGGUUGAAUCUUCCUCUUCCUGUCCAAAUGCUCUUUCUCCAGCUAAUUUUCCACCAUCUUUUCUCCAAAAUUUGUAUGGCUCGGUAGGAUCACGAAAUAUUUGGUUUUUACCAUUAUAUGUAAAAGAUACCACUUCAGGAUAUUCCCAGCAGUGAUAUUUUAAUAAUCAUCCUGGAUAAAAUUCCCUACAUCAGUAUAUCAGGUUAUUGGCUAAAAUGUUUUUCCUGUUUAAAAAAUACCAGUGUCACAUUCUAGAGACUAAGUAUGUGAGUAUAUUCCCUAUUUGUUUGUCUUUUGCCUCUACCUCUGUUGAAUCUUCCUCUUCCUGUCCAGCUUCCAGUUCAAAUGCUCUUUCUCCAGCUAACUCUUUCCCAUAUUUUCUCCAGAAUUUGUCAGGGUCUGGAGGAUCCCCAAAUCUUUGUUUUUGACCUUUAUGUGUAAAAGAUACCACUUCAGAAUAUUCCCAGCAGUGAUAUUUUAAUAAUCAUCCUGGAUGCAUAUCUCUCCCUCAGUAUAUCAGGUUAUGGUCUAAAUUGUUUGUUUGUUCUUCUUAAAAAUACAUUUGUUAAAUUCUAGAGAUUAAAUUUCUGAACCUCUGGAAUUGUAGAACGAGUUUGUGGCAGUUUUAUGCUUCAGAUAUUAAUUUUUAAGUCAAAGACAUAAUCUGAGCAGAAAAAUUAAUGCUUUUCUUUCUUUCUCCGCCAGUAAAGGUCCAAGAAGAAAUUGCAAAGGUUGUUGGAUCUUCUCAGCCAAGAAUUGAACACCGAACAAAAAUGCCUUAUACGGAUGCCGUGGUCCAUGAGAUCCAGAGGUUUGCCAAUAUCAUCCCAACUAACCUGCCACAUGCCACGACUACAGAUGUUACCCUUAAUGGCUACUUCAUUCCAAAGGUGAUCCAUUUCAUUGAACUGCUGCCCACUAGUUACAAUAUAUUUUAAGGCUUUCCUGGGAGUAAGCCCCUUGGACUUCAGUGUGGGUGACAUCUGUGCAGACUUGUAUAGAAUUGCAUUGUAAGCAAGCAAUCUACCCUUCGGAAGGUGUCAGGCAUCAGCUUCAACCCAUUAAACAGAUCUCAGUGGAAAGGAGCACAAGGUUGGAAAAGAAACCAUUUCUAGUGGGAUAUCAUGACUUAUACGUUAAAGUUUGUCACACUAAAGACAUUUCUUAGAUGAACUGAAAUCUCAUUUCUCCUACACUAAAUAUUUAUUGUACCAGAGGCAUACACUUUAUUUUAAAAUGACUCUUGCUUUGUUUUUGCAGGGGACUCACAUCAUACCAUUGCUGUCUUCUGUGCUGCACGAUGAAUCUCAAUGGGAGAAACCACAUAAAUUCUAUCCUGAACAUUUUCUUAACUCUGAAGGAAAUUCAUAAAGAGAGAUGCUUUCAUGCCUUUCUCUGCAGGUAUUUUUUUUUACUUUUGUGUAUACCUGCAUAGUGUGUGCUUAGUCAAUGGGAUUUUUACAUGCAUGGAAUGUAGCCUAUUGUGCAAAGGUAAGAAUCACAUCAGUUCCUGUGGUCAUUUCUGCCACUAGAUCUGGCCACCAUUGGUGUGCGGCCCCUAGAAUGUUGCUCACGAGGGAAUGUGGCCCUCAGGCUGAAAAGACACCCCCCCCCCAUUUUUCAGCACUGCAGGAUGACUCGUAUUGGGAGGUCAUAAUUCUUUUAAGAUGGGCACCGUGAGCUGUUAUUUGAUCUCUGCAUUUUAGUCUGCUUUAAAGUAUUUGGGAUGUUAGUAAGCAACUGCUAAACCCAGUUUCUCUGCUGCCUGUGUGUCCUUACAGGUCGGAGAGUAUGUUUAGGUGAGACUCUUGCCAAAAUGGAGCUCUUCCUCUUCUUCACAAGUCUGCUGCAGAGAUUCACCUUCCAGCCACCCCCUGGAACAUCUCAGGAAGACCUGGACCUUACUCCUGCUAUUGGGCUUACAACACCUCCCAUGCCCCACAAGCUCUGCGCUCUGCCACGUUUCUAA